AUGAGGAGUCUAUUCGCAGCUGCUCAGGCCCUCCUCCUGGUCGGGGUCGCCCGCGCCGCCGUCGCCGAUAACUCGGCCGCGGACAAGUGCCCCGGAUAUGCGGCCUCCAACGUCAAGACCACGGCCCACGGCCUCACCGCCGACCUUACGCUCGCCGGCCCGGCCUGCAACGCUUUUGGCCGCGACCUGGAGAACCUCAAGCUCACCGUCAGCUACGACACCGGUCAGUCAUCCGCAGCUGAACGCAUCCACGUCCAGAUCGUCGACGUCGACGAGCAGGUCUACCAGGUGCCCGAGUCCGUCUUCCCGCGGCCCCCUCCUCCUCCAGCGUCCGGCUGCCACAGUGCCCGUGCCUCCUCCGCGCUCACCUUCAACUACACCGCCUCCCCCUUCUCCUUCGCCGUCGCGCGCGCCGCCACCGGCGAGGUCCUUUUCGACUCCUCCGCCGCGCCGCUCGUCUUCGAGUCGCAGUACCUCCGCCUGCGCACCCGUCUUCCCCCCUCCCCGAACCUCUACGGCCUCGGCGAGCACACUGACUCCCUCCGCCUGCCAACCACCAGCUACGUGCGCACCCUCUGGAACCUCGAUAACCCGGGCGUCGGCCAGCGCCAGAACCUGUACGGCAGCCACCCGGUGUACUAUGACCACCGCGCCGGCGGCACCACCCACGGCGUGUUCCUGCUCAACUCCAACGGCAUGGACGUCAAGAUCGACGUCGACGCGGAGGGCGAGCAGUAUCUCGAGUACAACACCAUCGGCGGCGUGCUUGACUUUUACUUCCUGGCCGGGCCCUCGCCGAUCGACGUGAGCAAGCAGUACGCGCAGGUGGCCGGUCUACCGGCCCUGGCGCCGUACUCGGGCCUGGGCUUCCACAACUGCCGAUGGGGAUAUACGAGCAUCGACGAGGUUGCAGAGGUCGUCGCCAACUAUAGCGCCGCUAACAUUCCUCUCGAGACCAUGUGGACGGACAUUGACUACAUGGAUGGACGUGCUGUCUUUGCCCUCGACCCUAUAAACUUCCCCCUCGACAAGGUCCGCCGCUUCGUCCAGGACCUGCACGACCGCGGCCAAAAGUACGUCAUGAUGGUCGACCCGGCCGUCGCCGCCAAGGACUACCCGCCCUACCACCGCGGCGUCGACUGCUCCGCCUUCAUGACCUUCCGCGGCGAGGUCUACCGCGGCGAGGUCUGGCCCGGCCCGGCCGCCUACCCGGACUGGUUCGCCGCCAACGCCUCCGACUACUGGGCCGGCGAGUUUGCGCGCUUCUUCGACCCCGCCACCGGCGUCGACAUUGACUACCUCUGGAUCGACAUGAACGAGCCCUCCAACUUUUGCGAGUUUCCCUGCGAGCACCUGCUGCCGCGCCGCGGGGUCUCCCAACAGCAUGUCAUCGCACCCGGAACCCGCAAGGGCCUGCCGGGCCGCGACCUGCUGUACCCGCCGUACCGCAUCGACAAUGCCGACGGCGACCUGUCCAGCAAGACCGCCCGCCCGGACCUCCUCCACGCCAACGGGCUGACCCUCUACGACACGCACAACCUCUACGGCAGCAUGAUGUCCUCCGCCUCGCGCGCCGCCAUGCUCGCCCGCCGCCCCGGCCUCCGGCCCCUCGUCGUCACCCGGUCCACCUUUGCCGGCGCCGGCGCGCACGUCGCCCACUGGCUCGGCGACAACGCCUCCACCUGGCGGCACUACCUAUGGAGCGUGCGCGGCAUGCUCGCCUUCUCCGCGCUCUUCCAGGUGCCCGUCGUCGGCUCCGACGUGUGUGGCUUCGGCGAUGACACGACGGAAGCGCUGUGUGCGCGCUGGGCGAUGCUGGGCGCGUUCCAGCCGUUUUACCGCAACCACAACGCGAUCAACACGACAUCGCAGGAGUUUUACCGGUGGGAGUCGGUGGCGCAAGCCGCCCGCAAGGCCAUCGACGUCCGCUACCGCCUGCUGGACUACUUCUACACGGCGCUGCAGAGACAGUCGGCGGACGGCACGCCCUGCCUGAGGCCCAUGUUCUUUGCGUACCCCGGCGACGAGCGGACGUUUGCCCUGGACGCGCAGUUCUUCUACGGGCCGGCGCUGCUGGUCGCGCCGGUGGUGGAGGAGAGCAGCACAGAGGCGAGGUUCUACCUGCCAAGGGACGUCUUCUACGACUUUUACACGCACGAGCGGGUGCUCGGGGAGGGGGAGGUGGUGACCCGCGAGGACCAGCAGCUGGACGAUAUCCCGCUGUUCUGGCGCGGGGGGAGCGUGGUGCCGGUGCGUGUGCGCGCGGGGAUGACGACGGCCGAGGUGCGCGGACAGGACUUUGAGCUGCUGGUGGCGCCGGACGCGGAGGGUGCGGCGGAGGGAAGCUUGUACCUGGACGACGGCGAGUCGGAGGACCAGCGGGGAAGGGUCACGCGGGUCGACUUUGCGUACGAGGGCGGCGUGCUGCGCGCAAACGGCACGUUCAAGUACGUUACCGGGAGCGUCAUCAGCAAGGUGACCGUGCUCGGCGGCGGGAAAAGGGCUGCUGCCGAUGACAAGGCGAGCAACUCGGUCGAGGUCAAGCAGCCUCUCUCUGGACCUUUCAAGAUUGACGUGGCCAAGCUGAUGACUAGCAAGUAG